GUAAACGACCAACAAACCGAGGGCAAAGCCCUACUUGAUCAUGGGUGAGCAAAUGCCUAUCGGAACGGGUGAGGAGGCGCCCCCGACGCCGCCGGCGACGUCGCUGUACGUCUACGGCUGUCCCGGCUGCGCCAUAGAGCGGAAGAAGGAGAGCAACAAGGGCAUUCCCUACAAGGAGUUAUUCUAUGUCGCCAUCACCACCAUUGCCUCGGCUUUACCAAUAUCAUCUUUGUUUCCCUUCUUAUACUACAUGAUCGAAGAUCUGCAUGUGGCAAAAACAGAACAAGAUAUUGGAUUGUAUGCUGGUUUUCUUGGUGCAUCAUACUUUGUUGGUAGAUUUUUGUCCUCGCUCUUCUGGGGUUUAGUGGCUGAUCGUAUCGGGAGAAAACCGAUCAUUGUAUUUUCUGUCCUCUCAGUGGUUAUAUUUAACACUUUAUUUGGAGUAAGUACAAAGUAUUGGAUGGCAAUUACCACAAGAUUGGUUCUCGGUGCUCUCAAUGGCAUGCUUGCGCCAAUAAAGGCUUAUUCAAUUGAGAUUUGCCGUCCUGAACACCACGCUCUAGGGCUCUCAGUUGUAAGCACUGCUUGGGGCAUAGGUCUUGUUGUGGGUCCAUCCAUUGGAGGCUACUUGGCACGGCCUGCACAGCAGUAUCCAAACAUAUUCUCUGAUAAUUCAAUUUUUGGGAGGUUUCCAUAUCUCUUGCCAUGCCUUUGUAUUUCACUUUUCGCUGCUGUGGUUCUAGUAAGCUGCAUAUGGUUACCGGAGACACUUCAUAAACACAAAAACAUAGGCAGCAACGAGAUAGAAAUGUCCAGUGAUCCAAGAACUCCACAGACAACUGAUACACAUGGGGGCAAAAGUUUAUAUAAGAAUUGGCCAUUGAUGUCUUCUAUCAUUGCAUACUGUGUUUUCACAGUUCACGACACAGCAUACAGUGAGAUACUUUCAUUGUGGACCAUAAGUGACAGAAAGUACGGUGGACUAAGCUUUUCAUCUAAAGAAGUUGGCCAACUUCUUGCAGUUGCUGGUGCUGGACUUAUGGUGUAUCAACUAUUCAUCUACAGACCACUCCACAAAUUUAUGGGAUGCGUCAAUUCAUGCCGUGCUUCAUCUGCCCUAUCCAUACCACUUCUUGCUGUGUUUCCUUUCAUGACACACCUAUCAGGGUAUAGACUUGGACUAGCUCUUUAUUUUGCUACCAUUGUGAAAGCUGCUCUCGGUAUAACUAUCCUGACAGGCACUUCACUUCUGCAGAACUAUGCCGUGCCACAAAGUCAAAGAGGCGCUGCAAAUGGCAUAGCUACAACCGCAAUGUCCUUCUUCAAGGCUAUUGGUCCCGCUGGAGCAGGCGCUUUAUUCUCGUGGACCCAAAAGCGCCAACAUGCUGCCUUCUUUCCGGGGGAUCAAAUGUUGUUUUUGGUUCUCAACGUUGUCCAAUGUAUUGGGCUCGUGAUGACCUUUAAGCCAUUCCUAGCAGUACCACAACACUAUGAUCUGAAGUAGGUGCUAGAACUCCGAGCAACAGAAUAAUGGUGAAUUUGCAUUUUAGCUCCCAAAAACGAGCAUGAGUGCCGUACAAGAUAAUUAUGUAACACCAAAAGCUGUGUGUUGUACCAAGCAAAAAUAGCCACAUCAACUCUUAUGAUGUAUAUUGUCUUUUGUUAUUCCAGUCCUAAGUUGGCGGUCAUAGUUGUCUGUGCUCAAGUUAGAACUGGAAUAGCGUUUGAUCUUGAAUUCCACGAAACAUGAGAUGCUUUGUGCAAAA